ACAGGAAUGUCCUGUUUACAGGGAAAUUCAUUUCUUAAAUUAGCAUUGAUUACGCUGGUAUUAUCUCUUGAGGGGUCGCCAGAGAUGGUUCAGUCUUUCCUCGUCUCAAAAGGGUGUGUUCAAUCGUUGACUGUCCAAACUAUGUCCUUAUCGUCGCACGAGGAAAACGGCCAUAACUCUCGCAAAGUAGACAAACGGUGGCAAAAAAAGCGACGCCGAGUAGAGCUGGGGCCUGAUGGCUUGCCAGUGCAACCUAUUCACGCCCCACGCCAAAUAAGAGGAGCCGGCGACGCCCGCAAAAUACAUGAGUUGGGGGGCUCUCAACCUUCUCGCAGCAGAAAAGAACAAGGGAAAGCAUGGGAUUUGGACACAGUUGGAACGGCGGGUGGUCCAUCACGUCUCCGUAUCAUAGGAGGGUCGGCGCGAGGCAAAAGACUUGACUCCCCCGAGGUCCAUCUGCGCCCUAUGAUGAGCAAAGUCAGGGAGGCCCUAUUCUCGACAUUAUUUUCCUUCGAUCUCUUCGGUAGCAGGCCUCCUCGAGUGAUGGAUUUAUUUUGCGGAGCAGGUUCGGUCGGUUUAGAAGCCUUGUCUCGAGGAGCGGGAGAAGCGGUGUUCGUCGACAUGGCAUCCGAGUGCUGCGAAUGCGUUGAGCGAAACUUGAAACUGUGCAACUUUGAUGCGGUUAAGGGAAAAAUCGUGCGGGCCAGGGCUGAAGAAGUCUUACGGCAGCCAAAACGACUGGGUGUCAUUGGUACAUUUGACUUGAUUUCGAUUACACCACCAUAUGAGGAGGUAGUAUAUGCAGAUUUGAUCCGAGACGUGAUGGAGAGCCCUGCUGUGGCCGAGGACUCUCUGAUUGUGAUCGAGUAUCCUGUGGAAUUGGGCAGUUUACCGUUCAAUAUAGGUAAAGGACGCCUUCUAGGCCUGCGGAAUCGCCGCUAUGGGCGUACCGUCUUGGCGAUAUACGCGGUGCGACCCACGGGUAGGCGGUCUGGAGAUCUGCGACCUGAAGAAUUCGAUUUCGCCCCUUCCCCCUUAAUGGACGAGGGACUCAGGAAAUGCAACUUGAGCGAUGGUGAAAAUGACUAUUGAUCGAACGGCAUUUUUCACGGAUAAAGCAUACGUCAUCACGACGAAGGAAUAAAUGUACAUUUGGA